AUGUCAAAGCAAUCUUUUGAGGAUUUUUUGAAACAGCAGCAGCCGCAACUGCAACGAAAGGGAAACAAGAAUUUGAAUGGUGCGGCCCUUAAUGGUGCUGGUAGUCCAAAUAUUGCCAAUAAUAGGUCAUUUAGCAACAGAGGAUAUUCUUCUGCCAAUAGCUCUUAUGUUGGAACUCCUUUAGAUUCACAGGUGAAUAGUGGAACAUCCACCCCUAUAGGUUCAAGUGCUAAUGCUUCUACUGCGUCCUUAAGUUCUUUAAAUACAGCUUUAGGUAAGUUAAACGUUAGUAGCAUUCCUAUCCAAGAAAACUUGUCCAAGAUUGAAAAUGCUUCAAGCAUCCAUGAAGUAAAGGUUGAGGUUGAAAACGUGGUCAAUAUCAUUUCCAGCGAGGGAUUACAAGUCAUUCAAGCGUGGAAAUUGCCUGAAAUUUUAAAAUCAUUGUCAAAAUCAAAAAAGUCGCCCUUAGUCAGAGAAGCUUCAAUGCUAAUAAUUCUGCAACUAGCUGCGAAGUUUGGAGGAAAUACUCCUCAAGAAGCUUAUUUAUUAACAUAUUUCAGUGUCGCUUUCGAUACUCAGGCGGACAAGGACAAAAAUGUGUCGAAGGCAGCAAAGACAGCAGCUGAUUCUCUUUAUGGUAUAUUUCCUACAGAAGCGCUAGGUUCGAUCGUAUUUGAUGAAUUAUUGAAAUAUUUAUCUGGAUCGGCAAAAUGGAACUCAAAGUUGACUGCUUUAGCCCUUGUUGAUAGAGUUAUCGAAGAGGUUCCCGCUGAUGUACUUGAAAUGAAAUUCAUUGAUGCAGUUCCUAUUUUUUCUGACCUUUCAACAGAUUUCAAACCUGAAUUAGCAAAUCAUGGAUUGAAGACCUUCAAAAACUUCGUCAAGUUGUUAGAUAACUUAGAUCUACAAAAUAAGUUUGAUUUAUUAGUUGAAACCUUGGCCAAUCCUUCAAAAGUUCCUGAGUGUAUAAAGAGCUUGUCUUCGGUUACUUUUGUUGCUGAAGUGACAGAAUCUGCGUUGUCAUUACUUGUACCAAUUUUGGAUAAGUCAUUGAAGAUGUCUUCUUCUUCUAAUGAUCAGUUGAGACAAACUGUGACUGUAACUGAGAAUUUGACACGUUUGGUGAACAACAAAAGAGAAAUUGAAUCUUUUAUUCCAAUUCUAUUACCUGGCGUUGAAAAAGUUUUGAAAAAUGCUUCUCUUCCUGAAGUAAGAGAGCUAGCAGAAAAAGCACAUGAAGUUUUGAAAGAAGCUGAGAGUCAACAAAGUGAUGGAAAGUUUCAUGGUAGAAUUUCUUUAAAUGAAGCUGGUGAAUUUUUCACGUCUGAUAUAGAUGCAAAGUAUCAGCCUGUUAUCAACUACUUGAAUUUGAGCGACGAAUCAAUUUACAAGUACAUAUCAGUGAUUUUGCAAACGGAUGCCAAUGUUAAUGAUUGGAAACGCUUAAAAGAGUACCUUAGUCUCGUUCUUGGCAACUUCCCUGACGAAGAGUUGAAAUCCGAAUAUAUCGAAAGUAUUCUUGGAAAUCUCAGAAAUCUCUAUACCCCUGACAAUAACAACUCUGGUUAUGACGAUGAUGGAGCUGUAGAGAUCGUUAAUGCAGAUUUUUCAUUGGCUUAUGGCUCACGUAUGUUAUUAAAUAAGACUAAUUUGCGCUUGUUGAAAGGUCAUAGGUAUGGUUUAUGUGGUAGAAAUGGUGCAGGAAAAUCGACUUUGAUGAGGGCCAUCUCAAAGGGACAAUUAGAAGGUUUUCCAUCUGCUGAUGAAGUAAAAACUUGCUUCGUCGAACAUAAACUUCAAGGUUCCGAAGGUGAUAUGGACUUGGUUAGCUUUAUUGCUUCAGACCCCGAGUUGAUGAGCACUGAUAGGCAAGAGAUAUCGAAAGCCUUGUCAGCUGUUGGAUUCACGGAUGAUAGAUUGGAGCAAAAGGUAGGCUCAUUGUCAGGCGGGUGGAAGAUGAAGUUAGAAUUGGCAAGAGCUAUGCUUAUGAAAGCAGAUGUGUUAUUGUUAGAUGAACCUACCAAUCACUUAGAUGUGACUAACGUUAAAUGGCUUGAAGACUAUUUAAUUGAGAAUUCCAAUAUUACUUCUUUAAUAGUUUCUCACGAUUCAGGAUUCCUCGAUGCUGUCUGUACCGACAUUAUACAUUAUGAAAAUAAGAAACUUGCAUAUUACAAAGGUAACUUGUCUGAAUUUGUUAAAGUCAAACCUGAAGGUAAAGCAUAUUAUACUUUGACUGAUUCCAGUGUGAAGAUGGCUUUCCCACCUCCAGGUAUCUUGACGGGAGUCAAAUCGAAUACUCGUACAGUUGCCCGUAUGUCCGACAUAACCUUCACUUACCCAGGAGCCCCAAAACCUUCUUUGAAGGAUGUUUCUUGUUCUCUUUCAUUGUCUUCACGAGUGGCUAUUGUUGGGCCCAAUGGUGCAGGUAAAUCGACUUUGAUCAAGCUUUUAACGGGAGAAUUAACGCCCGAUACUGGAAAGGUAGAGAAGCAUCCUAACUUAAGAAUUGGUUAUAUCGCUCAACAUGCCUUACAACAUGUCGAGCAGCAUAAAGAAAAGACCGCUAACCAAUAUUUGCAAUGGCGUUAUAGAUUUGGUGAUGAUCGUGAAGUCUUGUUGAAGGAGUCGAGAAAAAUAUCUGAAGAGGAGAAGGAACUCAUGUCCAAGGAAAUUGAUGUUCAGGAUGGAAGAGGACCAAAAACAAUAGAAGCGAUCGUCGGGAGACAAAAAUUAAAAAAAUCGUUCCAAUAUGAAGUUAAAUGGAAAUACUUCUUACCUAAAUAUAACUCUUGGGUUCCGAGAGAAGUAUUGUUAGAGCACGGCUUUGAAAAAUUGAUUCAAAAAUUUGAUGACCAUGAAGCUUCAAGAGAAGGUCUCGGUUACCGUGAGCUCACACCUCCAGUGAUAAGAAAGCAUUUUGAGGCUGUAGGUUUGGAUGGUGAUAUUGCUGAUCACACGGCGAUGGGUUCUUUGUCGGGAGGCCAGUUAGUGAAAGUUGUGAUUGCUGGUGCCAUGUGGAAUAAUCCUCAUCUUUUAGUUUUGGAUGAACCAACAAAUUAUUUAGAUCGUGAUUCAUUGGGUGGUCUUGCUAUUGCAAUUAGAGAAUGGGCUGGUGGUGUUGUCAUGAUUUCACAUAACAACGAAUUCGUUGGUGCCUUGUGCCCAGAGCAAUGGCAUGUUGAAAAUGGUGAAGUAGUUCAGAAAGGUGCAGUUCUGGUGGAUAACUCCAGAUUUGAAGACAAAACGGGUGAUGAAAAACAGUCGUCGCCUUCCCCUGCUAAAAGAGCUGAUGAUGACGAUUCACCCGCAAAUAUCAAAGUAAGAACGAGAAAGAAGAAGAUGACAAGGAACGAGAAAAAGGCACAAGCUGAGAGACGGAGAUUGCGUCAUAUUGAAUGGUUAAGUUCUCCAAAGGGCACUCCCAAACCUGUUGAUACGGAUGAAGAGGAAGAUUGA